AUUUCACAUAUUUUAUAGGGCUUUUUAUAAUGACUUAAUCCAAAAGUAUUAAAACGGUGCGCCACUUAGCAGUACAUAAAUAACUUCAACUCCCGAAGUCCUCGUCGGUUCACUUCAGGACGACAGAGCGAGCCGCCGUAGAAUCUCAUACAAACUAUCGCUCCUCCUGAAUCAACCGAAUGUUGACGUUUACAACAGGGACUGCAGCCCGCUCCGCUACAGCUUGCUGACAACACGGGCUGGACUUUCCAGCCGAGACUUGAGGGAGAAACGUCUAAGUGCAAUUCCAGCAAGAUAAGGUUGAAUGUAAUCAAAUUUCGGAAAUGGUCGACAGAGUCCCCAUGAUGACAGGCAGGACAAGGAGAUCAACCAUCGGCCCCACGCCAGCGGGGGGCAAUUCGAAACAAGCCAAUGGCAGCAAGCAGAGCAGCGCAGGGGAAAAAACGCCAAGCCAUCCGAGCCACAGCAACGGGAAGGUGAAGAAGGAAAAACAGGUGCACGAGCCGGUCAGGACACCACAGGAGAGGAGUACAAUCUGCGAAAGACUCAGCUGCCAUGUCCUCCAGGAGUCCCUGCUCAGCUCAGCCAGUGGAUACAGUAACUAUAGAGGUAUCCUCAACUGGUGUGUGGUCAUGCUGGUCUUGAGCAAUGCACGCCUUUUCCUGGAGAAUCUCCUAAAAUAUGGGAUAUUGGUGGACCCUAUCCAAGUUGUUUCACUGUUCUUAAAAGACCCAUAUAGCUGGCCUGCACCAUGCCUGGUCAUUGUCUCCAACGUGUUCAUAAUGGCAGCUUUGUACACGGAGCGGAGGCUAUCUGUGGGCACCAUCUCAGAGACGACUGGAACAUUCCUUUACUUGGUCAAUCUGACUACCCUCCUCUGUUUCCCAUCAGCCACUGUGCUCAUGCUGACCUCCAUGACCCCAGCUGGUGGAGUCUUUGCCCUGGGUGUGUACACCAUCCUCUUCAUGAAGCUGUACUCCUAUAAAGACGUUAACAUGUGGUGCAGAGAGAUUAGACAUACCCAAGCCCGCACCCUGACCCGCUCCCAUUCAUGUCCAUCUGUGGCCCAGUCAAAUGGAUCAGCUGUACAUUCUCAUGUGUCCUACCCUGGGAAUCUCACACACAGAGAUAUAUAUUACUUUGUGUUUGCCCCAACACUCUGCUAUGAGCUGAACUUCCCCCGGUCACCACGGAUACGCAAGAGCUUCCUGUUGAGGAGACUCUUUGAGAUGCUUUUCUUCAUACAGUUACUGAUUGGAUUGGUACAACAGUGGAUAGUGCCGACGAUUCAGAAUUCCAUGAAACCAUUCCAGGAUAUGGACUUUUCCAGAAUGAUGGAGCGCAUGUUGAAACUGGCUGUUCCCAAUCAUUUAAUCUGGCUCAUCUUUUUCUAUUGGUUUUUCCACUCUUCCAUGAACUUCGUAGCUGAGCUGAUGCAGUUUGGAGACAGGGAGUUUUACCGGGACUGGUGGAACUCUGAGACUGUCACUUACUUCUGGUCUAACUGGAACAUUCCUGUGCACAAGUGGUGCCUCCGCCACUUUUACAAGCCCAUCAUGAGGAGGGGAGUGAAUAAGUGGGUCGCCCAGACGGCCGUCUUCCUGGUCUCCGCCUUCUUUCACGAGUACUUGGUGAGCGUUCCUCUGAAAAUGUUCAGACUGUGGGCGUUUAUGGGCAUGAUGUCUCAGAUCCCACUCGCCUGGUUUGUCGGCCGCUUCCUGAGAGGUAACCAUGGCAACGCUGCGGUCUGGAUCUCGCUCAUCAUUGGCCAGCCCGUCGCCGUGCUGAUGUACGUCCAUGACUACUAUGUAAUACAUUACAUGUCACAAUCAUGAACAGUUGGUCGCAAGCAGGAGCAAUACAUUAUACUAAAGGACAAAUUGAAUGUCAAAUGUUUACUUUGAAAGGGAAAUAUUAUAUGAAGCUUGACUGAAUUAGUAAGAAUUUUACACUAAGUAAAUAGUUUGGCCUCCAGAAACAAUUUCUAAUGCACUUAUACAUCAGAGACUUGGCGCCGUCCUAUCAUUGCUGUGAAACACUGCCCUGACAAAACUAGAACAUUUGUAGGCCUUUUCUCGGUUUCUUACUUAGUCUACAAUUAUGAAGAUCAACGCACACAUUCCUAUAGAUAAACCUUACUAUCGAAGUGCUGCUUUUUCUCAUGCGUUUGACACGUCUUUUUUGCCUUUGAUUAAAUGACCUGAGUAUUUUAUUUGAAGUUGUGAACUCAUGUGGCUGCAGUAAUAACCAGUCACAUGUAUUGUGCAUAAGUCAAGCCAAAUCUGUUAUUACACUUGUGAAACUAAUGUGUUUGCACUACAAUGCAUGCUGUUUGCUAAUAAACUUUUUUUUCUUUUGCUAUAA